AAGGGGGCGUUGCUAAAGACAAGCCACUGGUUUUUCAUCGAGGUCUUCCACAGCAAUGGACGAAAGUCGAUCGCAGAGUCGGAGGCGAAGGCCUCUCCCUGCGUUCUACGUGCCUGCAGACCCGGACUCCAGCGCCGCGCAGAUCAUGUCUGAGGCGCAGACGGAGUCUCCGGGUCCCUCCGACGCAGCGACCGGCACCCCUGCAGACGCCGGCGAAUGCUGUUCGGUAAAAACAGGACUUCCAGUCGUCCACCGUCUGUUUACAGCAUUGGAGCUCGUCAUUUCUCAGAAAGCAGACCGUCGACAGCUCAGAGACUAGAGCCUCUGGACCCCAGAUCUGUUCAACUCACUGAGGUGCAAGGUAUAAAGCCAACACCUCCAACUCCAGUUCAGUCGUCUUCAGAUCUUCUCCCCCACACCCUCUCUCUCACUGACGUCACCUCCCAACUGCAACACUCUACUGAGACUCUGCCACGAGCAACCGCUAUAGAAAAUGGCAUCAGCGGCCACAAAGAAGAAAGAAGGCAAAUGGAAAGUCACGAGAGAGAAAGACGCAGUUCAGCGCCCCUCCAAUCAACAGUAAUCCCUCACCCACCUCAAUCUUCCCCGGUGGAGACAACAAGGCGGUCAGGAGGAGCGAGAAAAAAGAAGAAAUCAGAGUCCUGUCCUCCGUUCUGGGAGUCAGAGAUCUCUCCACUUCUCUCCCGGCUGUCUCUUGGGUAUCAGCUGGACCCGGCCCAGCUGGAGGAGACGGUGGACACUCUCCACCGGAGACUGAGGGAGAGAGAGUGCUGCUGCUCCUCCCCCUCGCUACUGGUGAAACUGGCCAAAAUCAUCAUUUCUAUGGAGGUGGCGGGGAAGAAUCUUCUGAACGUCUGCAAACUCCUCUUCUCUCUCGCCAGAACUGAAACAAACGAUGCUCUCUUCUCCAAUGAGGACAUUUCAGGUCCUCUGUUGGGUCUACUGAGGCAGUGUGAUGAAGUGUCAGAUUCCGAGGCCCUGGUGUAUGGAGUGGGGACAGUGAAACUGCUGGCCAGCAAUGCCGACCUUCGACCUCAGCUGGUCGAGAAUGGAGCACUCUCGUUUCUCCAUUCUCUCCUUUCCUCUUACCUUCAACAGGGAGAAGUUGAUGUAGCGCCGUCUACCAACAUUGAGAAUGUAUUAGUACAGCUGACGGCAGCGUUGAGGAAUCUUCUAGAACAUUCCUCUCUCUCCUCUUCCCUCGUUUCCUCUGGCCUCCUCCCUCUUCUCGCUCGCCUUCUCUCCGUCCAUCUUUCUCAUCCCUCCAUCACCUUCAACAUUUCCAGACUUCUCAGUAAGCUGACACUGCGGCGAGACUGCUGUGAGGCGGUCGUCUCCUGUCCCUCGUUCCUCCCUCUCCUCCUCCAUGCUCUGACUCUACAUCACUCCCACCACGAGAUACUAGUGAGGGUGUGUUUCAUCCUUGGCAACCUGACGACAGACGACGAUGGCGUUAGAUACGAGUUGUGUCUCACACACAAGGCUCUCUCCCCUCUCUCCUCUCUCCUCUCCUCCUCCCUCGCCUCGGAGCUAGAAAGAGAUAGAGACGGUACAGCUGUCCAUGAGAAAAGUCCCGAUGAAGAAAUCCUCAUAAAGCUGGUGAGACUGUUGGCUAAUCUGUCAGUGGAGGCCAGAGCUGGAGCCGAGGUGGCUUCUGACAAGACCAUUGUGGGGGGUCUCCUGACCGUAUUAGAGUCCCUACCUCUGACUAGCUACAGUGAACUGAGCGUCAACACACUCGCUACUCUCAACAACCUCUCGUUUCACGCUCCCACAGACAGCUACCUUCUCAACCACCUCUUCAGACUCUCUCAAUGUAAGGAAUGAGUCUCCAAAUAAGGACACUUCUCUAUGAUAAGGACACUUGGUUGUACCCAAUACUAAUAGUGUAUUAUUAUUUUCUCCAUCUCAGUGCUGGUUCAAGUACUGCUUGAAGACAAUGGUGAACCUCUAUUGGAGUGUGUUCGUUGCUAUGGAAACCUCUCGAGGCACAAGACAGUUCGCGAUGCAAUUGCCAAGUCUAAAGUCGACGAGCUGUUGAUAACGCUGCUAGACUCCAGUAGAUAUGAGUUGGUGUCUGCCAGUUGUGGAGUUCUGGUUAACCUAAUGGCGGACUCUACCCACAGAGCCACUUUAGUCUCUGCUGCUGGCGUUGACAAACUGCUGGAUGUUCUGAGGGAUUUUGGCAGCAGUGACUGGCACCUGGCAAGUCUGGUGUGCCAGAUACUGUGGAACUUCAGUGCUGAGGGUAUGACAUCAUCCGUUGCUAUUUUUGGUCAGGAAGAGGUAGAGCGACUCAUACCCCUCCUACAUUCUUACACAGAGGUACCCGAGACAGGUGAGGAGGAAUGGAGGGAGCAUUUCAUCCCCGUGGCAACCAGUCUCCUGGACAGAGUUCUGUCCCACCACACACCGCUUCUCCCCCUGUCAGACCCCACGCCCCUACCUCCAGUUAAUUAACCUCCCUCCUUCCCUCCUCUCCCCUUCAUCACCUCACUUUCUCAUUUUUCAACGCGAAAGACCCGCUUGCCUUCCCCCCUCACCUCACUACAUUGUAUAUAUAGCUCCACCGCUUUCAAAAUCACCCACACUCUCUUCUUAACUUCAAUUACUUCAAUGUUGUAUAUAGUCAUGAUAAGUAGUAAUAAUAAUAGAUCCAAAAACAACUGUACAUAUGUUUAGAUGGUAGCAUCCAAUACUGCUACCCAAACUGAAAACAAUAAAUUAUACCUGGACCAAAAAUCGAUCAAUAAAUAGUAAAAACUGACGCGUAAGAUAAAAUGAUAAAUAGAUAUCACUGUUGAUUAUGUAGUACGUACGUAUUGUUUACAGCUGCUGUUGCUAUGGUGAUGGAGGUGUGGCCGGCUACGAUCAGAUAAGAGUUAUUUGGUAAAAUGUCGGAUGAUGGAGUACACACCAAAUGCCGUCAGACCAACCAGUCCCAUUCCGGUUCCAAUCUUGACUGCAGUCCAUACCACCCUGGAGGUCCGGGAUGGAACGGGUACCUGAAGCAGUUCUCGCAGCUGGGCAAGGCAUUGGAGAUCUAGCCAAUGAGCCUGAAUUCCGGGGAUGUGCCCGAUUCCGACCACACCCACCACGACAGCUGGCGGUCCCCAUGGCUCCUGGGCACAGUUCGCAGCUCGCAUCAGCGAACACGCCAGAAUCUUGUCCCGCUCUUGCACAAAUACCUCUGCGACUGCCGGCAUCUCGGCAGCUAGCUCUCCGACCAGCAUUGACACCAUGUCCUUCUCUCUCAUUGCCUCCACCUCCUCCGGGGAUAUUUCCAGGCCGGAGCCCAGCGUGCGCAGAAGGGUCAGGCCGAGAUGAAUUCUCUUCCACAGAGACAUGGCUGCCAUGGCUCUCUUGAAGGUGAUGCCAACCGAUCGAUCUCCGAGGACGACCCCCGCGUUUACCUUCGUUGCUUCCUCGAACCCCGCCCGGAAUUCCCCGCCGGGGGCCACGCCCAGCUGCGCCGUGAUCUUGGCGGACAUUUGGAGGAAGAGGGACUGCGUCAAUCCGGCAACAACUCCGUCUCUUUGGACGAAGUUACGAACCGUGGAGAAAGACAUGCUCUGGCCUUGCCUUAGAAUGUCCUCUUCACUGUAGUGGAGAAUGAGCUGUCUGUCCUUGCAGAGCUCCAGAACUACCACCUGCGGUCGAGUGCUUGCGAUGGUGUUCCGUACGUCCUGGACGCUCUCCUUACUGAAGUGGACGGUGCCCACUACAUGAACGACGGAGCCGUUCGGACAGGUCAAGGUGGUCACCGUGUGUGGAAGAGACAUGAUUCGCCGUCUGGCCUACACCCACACGGACGAACAAGUCGAUAUCUGCUGGCUGUGCGAUAAUGCGAGGCGUUUUGAAGGCACUGCGAGCAGAACAAAGCGAUGAGAUCACGGGUGGCACUAA